ACGAACAUAUGUGCGUGUAGCUAGCUGAUCAGUGACUCGAGGCCGGGGCACAUGGCGUCGGCGAUCGUCGACGUCGCCGGAGGCGGCCGGCAGCAAGCCCUCGACGGCUCGAACCCGGCGGUGGCACGGCUGCGUCAGCUCAUCGGCGGCGGCCAAGAAUCGUCGGAUGGGUGGAGCAGGUGCUGGGAGGAAGGCGUGACGCCGUGGGAUCUCGGCCAGCGGACGCCGGCCGUUGUCGAGCUGGUGCACUCCGGGACCCUCCCCGCCGGCGACGCCACCACCGUCCUCGUCCCCGGCUGCGGCGCCGGAUACGAUGUGGUUGCACUGUCCGGCCCCGGCCGCUUCGUCGUCGGCCUCGAUAUCUGUGACACGGCCAUCCAGAAGGCGAAGCAGCUGUCGGCGGCGGCGGCGGCGGCGGCUGACGGCGGCGACGGGAGCAGCAGCUUCUUCGCCUUCGUCGCCGACGAUUUCUUCACGUGGGAGCCGCCGGAGCCGUUCCAUCUCAUCUUCGACUACACAUUCUUCUGUGCUCUGCAUCCGUCGAUGAGGCCAGCAUGGGCGAAGAGAAUGGCCGACCUGCUACGACCGGACGGAGAGCUCAUCACCCUCAUGUAUUUGGCUGAAGGACAAGAGGCCGGGCCACCAUUCAAUACAACAGUGCUCGAUUACAAGGAGGUGCUGAACCCGUUGGGUUUAGUCAUUACUUCUAUCGAGGACAAUGAAGUCGCAGUUGAACCACGAAAGGGGAUGGAGAAAAUCGCAAGGUGGAAGAGGAUGACAAAAUCCGACUAAUAAGAUAGUGGAGGACGCGCGCACUCCUUGUUCGCAGCAUAAUAUGUCUACGUCACCCGCACAUGUCUCUAAUAAAAAGAAGGAAAGAAGGAAAAAUGAAUUUAAUGGGCCUGAUUCGAGCUUGUGCAUCCGUGUAAAUACAUAAUAUAGUGUAAUUAUUCUAUACAUCUCUAUGCAAAAUGUAUGGCGUGGCUUAAUUGUUACAGUAAAUUAAUUACUUUUGUCUUCUA